UUGCCGGCCAACAUCCUCCCAAAAACAAGCACCCAAAGGAGCAAGGAGAGAACAGAAUCAAACCUACCAACAAAAGGGUGAACCCCAAAGUUCCCAAAAUAAAAGACAGGGAUGCAGCUGAUUCAAUACCAAAGAAUCAGUUUAUCAUGAUGCAAGUGACAGACAAAGGUCGCUUCCAGAGACCUGCUGCUACCCUGAGUCUGGUGGCUGGGCAGCCUGUAGAGCUUCGAUGCAAAGGAAGUAAGAUUGGAUGGAGCUACCCUGCCUAUCUGGAGACUUUUAAGGACUCGCGCCUCAGCGUGAAGCAGCACGAGCGCUAUGGCCAGCUGACUUUGGUCAACUCCACUGCGGCCGACACGGGGGAGUUCAGCUGCUGGGGCCAGCUCUGCAAUGGCUACAUCUGCAGAAGGGACGAGGCCAAAACGGGCUCUACCUACAUCUUUUUUACAGAGAAAGGAGAACUCUUUGUACCUUCUCCCAGUUAUUUUGAUGUUGUCUACCUGAACCCGGACAGACAGGCUGUGGUUCCCUGUCGAGUGACUGUGCUGUCAGCCAAAGUCACACUCCAUAGGGAGUUCCCCGCCAAAGAAAUCACAGCCAAUGGAACGGACAUUAUUUACGACUUGAAGAGAGGCUUUGUGUAUCUGCACCCUCAUUCUGACCACCAGGGGGUGGUCUACUGCAAGGCAGAGGCUGGGGGCAAGUCUCAGAUCUCCAUCAAGUACCAAUUGCUCUACGUAGAAGUCCCCAGUGGUCCCCCAUCAACAACCAUCUUGGCCUCCUCCAACAAAGUAAAAGGUGGGGAUGAUGUUAGCGUGCUCUGCACUGUCCUAGGGGAGCCUGAUGUUGAGGUGGAAUUCAGAUGGAUCUUUCCUGGGCAGAAGGAUGAAAGGCCUGUAGCAAUUCAAGAUACUUGGAGGCUGGUCCACAGAGGACGUGGACACACCACGAGAAUCUCCCAGAGCACCAUCGCAGUGGAAGACUUCGAGACCAUCGAUGCAGGGUACUACAUCUGCACUGCUCAGAACCCCCACGGACAGACUACAGUCGCCACCACUGUCGAGCUCUCCUGACGUGGAGAGUGCAGUGCUGCAGACUGAUGGAAAGCCUCUCUGUAUGCACAGCCGUGGGCCUCUUUUAUUAGUGCUUUGCCAAAAGCUGACGUCAAUGCCAAGUGGCAAUCCCCGCCUGUGAGUCAGACCCAGACAUCCAACUAAAAGGAAGUCACCCAUUUAUUAACGGAAGUGUUAACUUUUCUAACAGAAAGCAUAUAUUUUGACUGCUUACCUAUGUCCAUGUUUUGCAUACUAAAAAAAGCAUAUACCCAUCUUUAAUCAUUUCUAUUAAAUGAGCAAGUUUUUGUAAAAAAAUAAAGUGGGUUAAGUA